GGAAAGCAGUGACGGAGAAGAUAUUUCUAGUAAUCAAGGUGCUUGCAGUCCUACUAUUCCCCCACAGACCAUCCGUGUGGAAAGCAGUGACGGAGAAGAUAGUAGUCAAGGUUGCAGCCACAUGUUAGCGGAGCUGAGCAAUUCCUUAAAGCAGAUGAUGAAGCCUUCAACGAAGAAUUCUAAAGUUAAAGUUCGACAGUACCCGGGCUGGUCCAUCAUUAACGAUGCUGGCAGUUUCUACCUAUCUAUUGGCGACUCAGGAGUCAAGGCCACAGACAUCAAAGGACUACCAUUUGGGAAACUCAUCGCAGCGCGGUUCAGCUCUGGGGCCAACCUUAUUACACUAAAGUUCGAAAACCAACAGGCAGGGAAAGAGGUAAACAGGCUUAAGUUCUCCAGCAGGCUAACUCUGACCGACGUAUUGGAGAAAUCAGAAACAAACCGGCAGUUUCUGAACUGCAUGGCUGAUUGCCUAGGCAUUGAUGUACCUCCAAGUAAGAGAAAGAGGACAAUCGCAGAAGUGUUGGAUCACCCAAAUAAAAUAUGUAAAUCUGUGGCAGAUAAAAUCCAGACGUCAAAGUUUGAAGAGAAGUUUAAAGGAGAGUUUACAGUGCCAAUAGACACUAUUAACAAUGCGUUGCCAGCCCACCGAGUAAGGGAGUUGAAUGAGUCCUGGGUGAAUGUCCUUUAUCAGAGGCUCAUUGCCAACAACACCAGAUUGUCAACCAUUCUUCCCGUCGUCGCUUUGUGGAAGGACCAACAAAUGAUCCCAACAGAUCGUAUAGAUCCAAGCAAACUGAACUUGUAUUUAUUGGGGGGGGGGCAUCAUAUUACUACUGCCAUGAGGAAAGUCAGACAAUUAUUUCCAACUGAGAUUUUAGGCACAGUUACCGUCCAUAUUUAUAUGGGCCUUGACGUUGAAGAGGCGAGAGCUAUCGCAAAUGACCACAAUAGCAAAAUGGCAACCUUUAAAUUAACUUUCCAGGAUCGAUGUCGGCAGGCGCGUGACUUGUUCUUAAAGAAUAGAGACAUACCUAUCACAAUUUUGAGAACAAAACUAGCACAGCAUUUUGGCACAAUUGAAUCAAAGCUUCUAAAGGAGGAAAGCAUGACUGUCAUCAUUGCUGUGUCCAGACUGCAGGAUGAGGAAUGGGCCCGUGUGGAGGAGGCAUUUACAAUGUACGAGGCCAGAAAUCCCAAUGGGUCCAUUCCUCAGAAGUUCUUCCAGAGAAUCACUAGCAAUUCCGUCGAUCGAGAGAUAAGGCGCCAGGCCCUCCAAAUGGCAAGUACUGGGCCACUUCACAACGCAGAGAGCUGGCUGAACUUAAAGCAGAGGCAGACACAGCUCAUUCAUGAAUGGAAUGAGAUUAGCCAGGUGACAUGGGAAGAGGCGGUGAAUCGCAACAUGGUCACCCUGGACAGUUUGAAUGAAUUUUGUGAUGAAAAAUGGAAUGUCAGUACGUCAAGGAGCUUUCACAAAUUUGUUAAUUCACAAGGCCAAGCAGAUGACGGAGAUAUUGACGUAGAUAUAAGCAUAACGGUGGACGGACAACCCCUUUCGGACAUACACCUUUCAGCAAAAUUCCAGAAAUUGUUAAACUCACAAAAGCAAUACAUUAAAAGGGAAUUCAAAAAACAGAACUAAUCAUCAUCAAAAAGUAUUCUGAUCAAGGGAAGAUUUCCUGGUGAUUAGGUGAUUGGGGAUACACUAAUUAACCUCUGCUGUAUAACAUCAUUGUAUACAUGUUUGACAUCGAGGGUAUAACACUUUUAGCAUUUAUCAUUUGAUUGUUAAUGCUUUUGAUAUUAAUAUUACGCUAUGUGCAUUUAAGGUUAACUAAACCUGUAUACAUGGGGUUCAAUGUUUUAAGCUCGCUCAUUCCUUGUGACCAUUCUAUGUGAUGAGCACGGUUACAAAUAUUGAUACUGUCACUAGACAUCAGUUGGUUGAAGCAAUCGGAAAAACUUGACCAAUUUUGAAAAUAUUUGAAACACAUCUUAAAACUUGAUUUUCACUCAUCGACAUUUCUAAUACUAGGGAUCACAUUUUCUGGAAUUGAACAUCCUUAAUUAAUAUUUUUCUGAAUAUAUUUUCAGAUUGCUUCAAGUUUAAAUGAUAACUUUUUGAUGCCUAACUGUUCAUAAUUUUUCAACGUUAAUUGAUGACAUCAUAAAUCUGCUAAAGUCAUUGUUUGAACUUCAAAAAUGACACUGACGUUUUCAGUACAAUUUACAACACACUUGUUAGUUUUAUGUCAGUAUGCACUAAUCUUUUCCAUUAUUAUUUAAACAUUGCUGGAUGUUACAGUCAACUAACAAUGCUGCAAUGCAGUAAUGUCAUGAAUAUUGCAGGUUUUACAUGGGGAUUACAUGAAUAGCAAGGUACAAUAAAGGUGCAGAAAGUGUAAAAGAAGUAAACAGUCAGACUAUCUAUCUAGUUCUACAAUCUAUAAUCUUGUUGCUUUGUUAGCAUGCAGGGUGAGGGUGAGGGUGUAGGUACUACACAGGAUAAGCACACCAGGCAGACAGACAGUUAGUUUAUUGUGGUAGUUGGUAAAGGUCUAAGGUGUAGAUGGUGAGUAGUUAAAGCUUGGUGAGGUUGAAGAAGAAAGCAUAGCAAAACACCAUCACCUGGAAGUACAGUAAAAUAUACAAGUUAAAAAGUGCAAUUAUUAUGGAGAUUAUAGCAUUUUCCUUAUUGUCAAAUAUCAAAUUAAAGACAAAUACAGUACAUAUUUUAAUAGAAUCAAAACACCCUGUAACAUAGUAUUUCCUGAAAUAAAUAAUAUAACUUUAUUAAAACAACCAUGGUGAUACUACCACACAUUUCAUGUAAAUAUACACUUCAUAAGAACAGAACCUAUUUUUGUCAUUUUGUAAUUGAAUUUAAAGACAAAUGCAUUUCAUGUUUAAUACAUGUGUGAUUGUACAGAUAUAGAAAUAGAUUUGAAACACCCUGUAACACAGUAUUUCCUGAAAUAAAAUAUAUAACUUUAUUGAAAUAACCAUGAUGAUAUUAUCACACAAUUCAUGUAAAUAAACACUUCAUAAGAACAGAACCUACUUUUGUAAUUGAAUUAAAGACAAAUGCAUUACAUGUGUGAUUGUACAGAUAUUAGAAAUAGAAUUGAAACACCCUGUAACAUAGUAUUU